UAAUACUGUCAUUAGUCAAUUUUGACAAGUAAUGUGGAAAACCGGCCGGCGCAUUAAUUCAUAUUCGUAAUAAUCAUUUAUUAAUAAUCUAAAGAAAAAUGACGACUCCUAAAUCUGAAAAAGACUUGCAUUUACCACUAUCUAGAGUGAAAACUAUAAUGAAAAGUUCACCGGAUGUCGAAGCAGUCGGUGCAGAGCCGUUGUAUUUAGUUACAAAAGUUACCGAGCUAUUUGUAACAGAUCUAGCGAAACGGGCUUUCAAAAACAGUAAAAACACUUUCUUGGAAUACAAGCACAUAGCUGAGGUGGUACAGGAGGAUGAUACAUUAGACUUUCUCCGUGAAAUUAUGCCUAGGAAGAUAACUGUGAGGCAGUUUAAAGAAAUGAUGGCUAAAAAAGCGGCAAAGAAUGGAAACUCUGACGAUUCUAGCGAGGAAUCAAGUGAAGAAGAAAGUACUGAGGAAAGCUCUAGUAACAAUGAACAAGACUGACAUAGUGUAGGAUAAAUAAUUUAAGUAUUAUUAGCAUAAUAUUACAUUGAUGACUCUUGAAUAUGACAAUAUUGUCAUGCUUUUAUGCAUAUGACAAUGUGCUCCAUGUUUUACACACAAUACAAGAUGAAAAAUGGUUAAGUUGGUUACUGUAAUAGUCUAGAUCUACACUGCAUUCUGGAUGAUCUGAUGAGCAUUUAUCCUGUAAAGGGUAGUAUAAUGAAUUUGAUUUGACAGUGAAAUAUAAAAUAAUAAACAUGCCACAGAAAUAAUAUUAGUAAAGGCUAAAGUGUGAUAAUUUUAGUACUAAUAUGAAUUGACUUUUCGUAAAUGAAAUAAUUGAACACACAACUACUUUAAUAACUUUGACUUGACACAUGAAUUUGAAAACAUGUAAUUUUGAAAAAUAAUUUACUGUUAUAAUUUAUUGUAUUAAUUCAUUUUGAGCAAAUAUGAUUGAUUGCAACUGUGUGAUGUGAUAGUUUGAGAUGAAAUAUGUUUUUGCCAAAUUAUGAGUUAAAGUCGUAGUUGAAGAAUAAUAACUGUCUGAUAUCUAGAUAAUAGUACAAUGUUAUUGUUUUAUUGUAAACGGGUAAAGGUAAAACAUGCCAUGUGAUGAUGUUAGCCGAAGUUGGCUCUGAAUGUUAUUUUGACUAAUGAAAAUUGUUGCAAAAUGUGUUGAAUAAAUUUAGUAAAUGAG